AUGCUUUGCGGGGGAUUUGUUUGCACUCGAAAUUCCCUUUGCGCACUCAAUAUACUUUAUGUGUUGGUGAGUUUGCUGCUGGUGGGCGCGGCGGCGUGGGGGAAAUGGUUCGGCCUGGUGUCCAGUAUCGGAGUGGUGGCCGGCGUCAUCGGCGUGGGCGUCUUCCUCCUCCUGGUGGCCUGGGUGGGGCUCUGCGGCGCCCUGAAACACCACCAGGUGCUGCUCUUCUUCUACAUGAUCGUCCUCUUCCUGGUCUUCGUGGUGCAGCUGUCCGUGUCGUGCGCCUGUUUGGCGCUUAACGAAGAACAGCGGAAUCACCUCCUGGAGGCGGGCUGGAACAAGUCGGAGGCCAUGCAAAUGGAUGUGGAGAAGACGCUCAACUGUUGCGGCUUCGCUCAAGCGGAUUACAACCGAACCUGCGCCGCCAGUUGCUUCAAUCAGAAGCCGCCUUUGACGUGCGCCACGUGCUCUGAAAUCAUCGAAAAGUACGCCGGCCAAGUGCUGCGCUUUGUGGGCGGGAUCGGACUCUUCUUCAGCUUCACUGAGAUACUUGGCGUUUGGUUGGCCCGUCACUACAGAAACAUGAAAGACCCUCGAUCCACUCCCGGAGCUUUUCUGUGA